UUGCUUGCAUGUAGUCUGCCUCACGGUUACCUUUUAAUUGCAGCAAAUCCAGCGAUUGCACCUGCAUCGAUGUGGAAUCGACAGGACAUUAUGGAAUUUAAGAGUGCCAUCCGGAAAGAGGGUGGUGAGGGUAUUAUCAAAGUCGGACACGGUGAAACAGUCACGGUGCGUGUGCCGACGCAUGAGGAAGGAAGCUGCCUGUUUUGGGAGUUCGCAACCGAUCACUACGAUAUUGGUUUUGGUGUCUUCUUCGAAUGGACCAUAUCGGAAACAAAUCAGGUAUCGGUGCACAUAUCGGAAUCAUCAGAUGAAGAGGCAGACGAAGAACUGAUGCAGGCAGAAUUAAGGGCCAGCGAUGCUGGUGAUGUUGAAAGCGGAAGCCCAGCAAAUGAAAAGCACGUGGACCCGAAUAAACCACACGUGGAUGAAAUUGUUCCGGUAUAUCGGCGCGAUUGCCAUGAAGAAGUAUAUGCUGGUAGCCAUGUGUAUCCUGGACGAGGCGUAUAUCUAUUGAAGUUUGACAACUCGUAUUCGCUCUGGCGUUCCAAAACGUUGUAUUAUCGAGUGUAUUAUAGCAAAUGA